ACUGUUCAGUCUGCACAAAAACAUCCGGGUGAGGUUGGAAUCCGCUUCAUGGCACCUGUGUUGUUUAUGUCGCUGUAAUUUCAGAUUUUCACUCAUUAAACGUCGUUUUUUCCGGGGUUUUGUUCAGGGGUUUAUUUUCUUAUUUAUAUAUCUGGACCUUCGGAUCUUUAUGGUGAAGCUAAAUCUGAAGUCUGAGGAAGAGAAACCAGCGCGAACACAGAUCUACAGGGAGCUGAUGGUACAACAACAGCGGUGAUGAGCAGCAGCAGCCACCCGUUACGUCCUCUGAGCUCCGUGUCAGAGAUUGAUCAUGUUGAUCUGCUAUCUGAACAGCUGGGAGCGCUCAUUCCAGGGGAGGAGUACAGCGACGUGACGUUCGUAGUGGAGGAGAAGCGUUUUUCUGCACAUCGUGUCAUACUGGCAGCGCGCUGUCACUAUUUUAGAGCACUGCUGUAUGGAGGGAUGAAGGAGUCUCAGCCCCAGGCGGAGGUGUGUCUGGAAGAGACCCGAGCAGAAUCUUUCUCCAUGCUGCUGGGUUAUCUGUACACGGGUCGGGUCAGCCUCAGUGCGGCUCGCGAGGAGGUUCUGCUGGACUUUCUGGGUUUAGCUCAUCGCUAUGGCCUGCAGCUCCUGGAGGACUCCACUUCAGAGUUUCUGCGAACCAUACUAAACACUCAUAACGUGUGUCUGGUGUUUGACGUGGCCACACUGUACACACUGAGUGCGCUCAGUGCUGCCUGCUGUGCCUACAUGGACCGGCAUGCCCCAGAGGUGCUGGCUUCAGAUGGCUUUCUCACACUCUCCAAGGCAGCUUUGCUGACGGUGGUCCGGCGGGAUUCGUUUGCAGCCAGUGAGAAAGAAAUCUUCCAGGCUUUGUGCCGUUGGUGUCGGCAGAACGUAGAGGCAGAGGCCAGGCAGGAAGUGAUGUCAUCAGUGCGCCUGCCUCUCAUGACCCUAACAGAAAUGCUAAAUGUUGUGCGACCCUCAGGGCUGGUCAGUCCUGAUGAUCUUCUGGAUGCCAUAAAAAUGCGGUCAGAAAGCAGAGACAUGGAUCUCAACUACCGCGGCAUGCUCAUUCCUGAAGAGAACAUUGCUACAAUGAAGUAUGGCGCUCAGGUGGUGAAAGGUGAGCUGAAGUCAGCUUUGCUGGACGGAGACACGCAGAACUACGACCUGGAUCAUGGUUUUUCCAGACAUCCCAUUGAAGAGGACGGCCGGGCAGGGAUCCAGGUGAAGCUUGGUCAGUCCUUCAUCAUUAACCAUAUCCGCAUCCUGCUGUGGGACAGGGAUAGCAGAUCGUACUCAUAUUAUAUAGAGGUGUCUAUGGAUGAGCUGGACUGGGUGAGAGUGGUGGAUCACUCCAAGUUUCUUUGCCGCUCUUGGCAGAAUCUGUACUUUUCCCCUCGAGUGUGCAGGUAUGUGCGCAUCGUUGGAACACACAACACUGUAAACAAGGUCUUUCAUAUUGUGGCUUUCGAAUGCAUGUUCACUCAGCACCCCUUCACUCUGGAGAAAGGACUUCUUGUGGCUACUGAGAAUAUAGCCACUAUUUCAGCAUGUGCCAGUGUGGUAGAGGGAGUGAGCCGCUGUCGGAAUGCGCUGCUGAAUGGAGACACCCGUAACUAUGAUUGGGACUCAGGCUACACCUGCCACCAGCUGGGCUCUGGAGCUAUCGUGAUCCAGCUCGCACAGCCUUACAUUAUUGACUCUCUACGCCUUUUGCUGUGGGACUGUGAUGAGCGUUCCUACAGUUACUACAUUGAAGUUUCCACAAAUCAGCAGAACUGGACUAAAGUAGUGGACCGUACCAAGGUUGCUUGUCGAUCUUGGCAGACCCUGAAGUUUGACAAACAUGCAGCUUCUUUUAUUCGCAUAGUGGGAACACACAACACUGCAAAUGAGGUGUUCCACUGUGUACACUUCGAAUGUCCUGCUCAGCUGGACACUGAUGUGAAAGAAGGGAGUCCAGGGAAUACCUCAUCUGUCUCCAGCUCGUCCACCCAGCAGGUCCGGCCUCCCCGACCCGCCAGGUCACACAGCCUGCUGCCCUUACAGGCAUCUUCGUCAUCAUCAUCAUCAUCAUCAUCCUCACCUGCACAGCACUGAAAUGAAGAUGUCAUGAGCAGAGCUAUAUGCUGCUGUGGACAUGAUGUACGCUGCUAACUUUUUACACUAUCAUAAAUAAUCGGAUGUCAGCUGUAGACUUGAAGUGUUACAGUAUUUUCACAGAAAUGAGAAAAAAAUAUUGUGGUCAGUAGAAUAGCACUUAAAUAAUGUUGCAGCAUUAUGACAUCUGUAUUUUGCUGUUCAUUCAUACAGCAAUACUCAUCCAGUAAUUAUUAGGAAUAAGCUCUUUUAGUAUUCAAUUACUGAAAUGUUAUAAUUAUUUUAAAAUGUUUAUCUUAUUGCUGCGUUCUUAUUUAUUAGUGAUUAUUGUGUUAUUUAGAUAUUGCAUAUGUGUAUUCUUCUUAAAUUUCAGUUUCCCUUAAAACAUUACAUAUUGUAUUUAUUCAGAUUUUCUUUGUUAUAUUGCUUGAAUUGCUGUAUCGGUUCAGAAUUCAGUAUUUUGGUAUUUGCUUUAACUUUCUGUGAGAUCCACUUGCACUUUGGGAAUUAAAGUGGGCUUAACCAAGUUAUGCAUUAGAAUUGAAACCUUUUGGUACUACUCAGAGCUCUCAGCCACUACUUGUUAAAAUUGUAGCUAGAGUGUGAAUGGCAAUUCAAUGCUUACUUAGAAGAGUAGUUAGCUGUGUGCUUUGUGUGCUUUGUAGGGCUUCAUAUGCUGCAUCCUGCUGAGACUGACCCUCCUACACUGUGUCCUCUCUUUUUAAAGUCUUAACUGGUCUUCCAAGUUUGGGAGUGCAGUGCAUUUGAAACGUUUAACUGAGGCUUACUGGCCUUUUUUCUAAUGCUUUCCUGCCUUUUCUUCCCCCACUUUCUCCUUGUGUAAUUUGCAUUUAAGACGGGCGUUAGAUGUUCAAUUUUGCACCACAGUCUGCAUGGUUAGAUUGCUGAGAACUCAAGUAUUUUAGGUAGAUAGGAACUCUGUUAACUAUGAAGAAAAGCUUUUUAAAGGCUGCACAUGCAUGUCAUUUGUACUUGUGUUAAUCUGAAUAAAAUCCUUUUUGUCAGAUUUGGAAGACUUCAUGAUGCUUUAAGACAAUGUUUUGAUGCUUAGUAAUAAAGCAGUGAUCCUCGCGUU